AUGAACCAACCUAGUAUUACUAUAGAUCCUGAUGAGGAUAAAGAUCUUAAAGCAGAGGGAUAUCAAUUUCCAUAUAAAAAACAAAAACAUGUCUCACCACCAAAAGAUACUCCACGGGUUAGUUAUGGUAAAAUUUCACGUCCAAAUUGUGUAUAUCAGACUUGGUCCCAACCUUUAUGGAGAUAUAGAGGGUCCUCUUUUGCUCUAGUUAAAUCAAUAACAAUAAAUUCUCGAUCUUGUAAAUUUUUAUCAAGUAUAUCAACAACAUUGUGCCAUUUUUUUGUAUAUCGUCGGGCAAUGUUAACUAGCUCAUCAUAG